CGAAGGCUUUAACUUUGAACAUGCCUCUGUAAAGUUUCAAAAUGUUUGGAAGGAGAGGAACAUCGAGAAGCAGCUUUUACUGAAGGAGCGACUCAAGUGAGGCAACAGGUGGCUGUGGGAUGUGUUCAUAGAGGAGAGAAGAGAUAAAAAGAAACUGUAAAGUUGAGUAGUGAGUUCAUUUGGACCUUCUGGGUGUAUAAAAUGUAUGAAAUGCCAUAACUGAGAGCGGGGAGGCCACAGUGUUAGGAUGUAGAUCUAAGCCUCUUUUUUUCUGGUUUGGAGGGAGCUUUUCUUAUUCAAAACAGCCCCACAAAAGACUUCCAGUGAGCUCUGCCACAUCCCCAUCUGACUUGGGGCCAUUCAUCAGCCUUCCAAGCCUAUCAAUGACAUGUCCCCAUCAGGGCUCCUAUAAAAUCAGCCCCUUUCCCAUGAAACAUCAGCAAACAUUUUGACGGGUCUGGCUUUCCCCCCGCUGGAUUUCUGGAGUCUCCUGCUCCCUUCUUUGCACCCACCGCCCCCCUCCAUCCCCUCUCUCUUUCUCCCUCCCUCUCUCUCUCCCUCCUCCACCAACACCGCCCUUCUCCGGGCGAACCCCAGAGCCUCAACAUCUCCCGUGACGGGCAGUGGUCAGGGAGCCUUAGGACGAGCCGAGAGGAGAUCAUCGGAGGAGGGGGACAGAGAGCGUGCACUGAGCCAUUUUACUCGGAGGAGCCGGCGUCGUUGAUGGGAAGAGGAUGCACUGCGGGCUGCUGGAGGAGCCGGACAUGGAUUCCACAGAGAGCUGGAUCGAAAGGUGCCUCAAUGAGAGUGAGAGCAAGCGAUACUCCAGUCACACGUCUCUGGGGAACAUGUCCAACGACGAACAUGAGGAAAAGGAGAAUAACAGAGCGACUAAACCACAUUCAACACCAGCUACUCUGGAAUGGUUAGAGGAAAACUACGAAAUAGCAGAAGGUGUGUGCAUCCCCAGGAGUGCGCUCUACAUGCACUACCUUGACUUCAGCGAGAAGCACGACACGCAACCUGUGAACGCAGCGAGCUUUGGAAAGAUUAUAAGGCAGCAGUUCCCAGCACUGACAACCAGAAGACUGGGGACAAGAGGACAGUCCAAGUACCACUACUACGGGAUUGCUGUGAAGGAGACGUCCCCGUACUACGAUGUGAUGUACUCCAAAAAGGGGGCGGCGUGGGUGAACGAGACGGGGAAGAAAGAGGUCACGAAGCAGACAGUGGCGUAUUCACCGCGCUCCAAGCUGGGGACGCUCCUGCCAGAGUUUCCAAAUGUCAAAGACCUAAAUUUGCCUGCCAGCCUGCCAGAGGAGAGGGUGUCAACGUUCAUCAUGAUGUACAGAACUCACUGUCAGAGGAUACUGGACACGGUUAUCAGAGCCAAUUUUGACGAGGUCCAAAGUUUCCUGCUGCACUUCUGGCAGGGCAUGCCACCCCACAUGCUCCCUGUCCUCGGCUCUCCCACUGUGGUCAACAUCGUCGGCGUUUGUGACUCCAUCCUCUACAAAGCCAUCUCCGGGGUGCUGAUGCCCACCGUCCUGCAAGCACUACCUGACAGCUUGACUCAGGUUAUUCGGAAAUUUGCCAAACAGCUUGAUGAGUGGCUUAAAAUAGCACUUCAUGACCUUCCUGAAAACCUGAGGAACAUCAAAUUUGAACUGUCGAGGAGAUUCUCCCAGAUUUUGAAGCGGCAAACGUCAUUAAACCAUCUCUGUCAGGCAUCUCGGACCGUGAUAAACAGUGCCGACAUCACCUUCCAAAUGCUGGAGGACUGGAGGAACGUGGACCUGAACAGCAUCACCAAGCAGACACUUUACACCAUGGAGGACUCGCAGGAGGAGCACAGGCAGCUUAUUAUGCACUUGUAUCAGGAAUUUGACCGCCUGUUGGAAGAGCAGUCUCCAAUUGAGGCCUACAUCGAGUGGCUGGACUCCAUGGUGGACCGCUGUGUCGUCAAGGUGGCGGGGAAGAGGCCCGGCUCGCUGAAGAAGGUGGCCCAACAGUUCCUGCUGAUGUGGUCGUGUUUUGGUACCAGAGUCAUCCGGGAUAUGACCCUGCACAGCGCGCCCAGCUUUGGGUCCUUCCACCUGAUCCACCUCAUGUUUGAUGAUUACGUUCUCUACCUGCUGGAGUCGCUGCACUUCCAGGAGAGGGCCAACGACCUGAUGAGGGCCAUGAAAGGGGAGGGGAGCACAGCAGAGCAAGAGGAAGAAUUCACGCUGACAGAAACCAGCCCCACCUCCCCAUCUCCGGGGUCCUACUCUCCCGCCCGCUCCGUCCAAUCGGUGGACAUCUCGUCGGCCAGCUCCCCCACUGCCGCCCUGUCCCCAGAGUACACAGGGGUCACCGCUUCCACAGGCGCUGUUCAGUCAUAUACCUGGUCCCUUACAUACACAGUGACCACAGCGGGCGGCUCCGCUCCGGAGGCUGGGCAGCAGCUGUCCUGCAUGAGGAGCAGCGCUCCCGUCCCACCGCCGUCCUCCGCCCACAGGAUGCCGGUGUACGCCCACAGGGAGGAGCACGGAUACAGCGGUAGCUACAACUAUGGCAGCUACACCAACCAGCACCCCCACUCCAUCCAGAGCCAGUACCCGAGCCUGGCCCACGAGCCGGCCAUCCCCGCCCCACUUCACUACUCCGCCUACCACCGCUCCUCUGCACAGUACCAGCUCAACAGCCAGAUGCCCCGCAUGGAGCCGUGCCUGAUGGGCAGCACUCCUCGGUUGCACCCUGCGCCCAUCGCCCCCCGCUGGCCAGAUGUGUCUCCUGCUAACAGCUGUUACUCCAGCCCGCCUAUGCAUUCCUCUCGCUAUGCCACCUCUGGGGACAUGUACUCUCCUCUCGGCCCUCGCAGAAACUCGGAGUACGAACACUCUCAGCAUUUUCCAGGCUUUGCCUACAUCAACGGAGAGGCCACUACAGGCUGGGCCAAAUAGGGUUUGAUAACUCCUUACCUGAUAAACCGGCAGCUGCAGUCUCUGAACUCUCACAAAGACAAAGAGGAAAGGGAAAGAAAUCGAGGCCGGACUGACAAGUUUGAAGAGGCGUGUUACAUCGGUCGCCCUGAUGAUUGUGGUGUCACCCGACCAGAUCUCCGAUUAAUCAUUUCCUCCAUCAAACACUUGAUGGAGGAAAACAAAUCAUAUUGAUUGUCUGAACCUGCAGCAAAAUCAUAUAAAGAGUGCAAUGCUGCUGCCAAGCUGUGCCUUUGUUUUAAGGAAUGUACACCUCAGCCAGAGUUGCCCUUGCUGCUCUCAGUGCUGUGUUUGGAUACCGGUGCAGCUGCAGGUUUUCCUGCAGGCGUUGCUCAGCACUGUUGCAGCAUCUCGUCGCGAUGAGCUGCACCGCCUUAACCAUCUCCUGGGACUCCAGGUCUGUGACUCUGAGCUGACAACCAUCACGUGUUUCCAUCUCAGAUAGUUAACUUAAACACAACACAUGUAUCCUGUCGCAAGCUUUUCUGCUGUUUUUCUGUGACUAUAUAUCUAUAAAGAUAGGUAUAUAUAUAUAUAAGUAUUUUCUGUAACUUUGUAACAUGGUGUAAUGCUAUAUUUUCUAUGUCGUCUCUGUUUUGUAUGGUUAGUAAAGGAUGCAUUAACUUAGGGUUGUGUGUUUUAUAAUGCACUCAAAGCUACGGAGGACCUAUUACCCUAUGGGUAUUUAUUAAAAAGGGAAAUAUCAAAGUGUACAGUAACAUGAAGUCACUUUUCUGUAAAUAAAAAGCACUGGAGAGCAUCUGUGGUGACAGUUAAAUUAUGUUGGAAAUAUUCCGCCCUCAUAAAUAAUUCAACAAUUCAAAA